ACUUAUGUCUUCCUGGAUCCUGUCCUAACACACACACUUACCCUUUUCCUCUCUUAGAUCUUAUCUUCACAUAAUGGGAAACUACGCUUCUUGCGCUCUAAGCAACACAACGUCUUCUUCUUCUUCAUCAUCUUCAAAAGUGAUUCUCCCUGACGGUGAAGUGCGUCACAUUCACGCGCCGACCAAAGCCGCCGAGCUUAUGAUGGAGAUUCCUAGCUUCUUCCUCGUCGACGCCAAAACGUUAAAGAUCGGUCGGAAACUUAACCCGCUAGCCGCCGACGAUGAUCUUGAAACUAGAGGCCGACAUGUGUACGUCGCUUUCCCCAUGACGCGUGCCACGUCAUUAGCAAACGCUUCGGACAUGGCUCGGUUAUUUCUAGCCACCAAGAAACAGCAGCGCCGCCGUGUCGGAACGGCCGUGAAACACUGCCACAACGGCGGAAGGAUUUCACCGGAGGAAGAGGAGGACGUCGAGAUGAUCUCGGCGGGAUCCAAGCUGAGUUUAGAAGGCAUCGGUGAUCAGUUUUCGGCGGCGGAGUUUAUGCAUAGAAUCUCGAAUUCGAAAUCUAAGAAACCAAAGUUGGAAACCAUAGCUGAAGAAGAAUCUGUCCUAAACGCACAUGAAAUCAAACAAAUGUUGGAACUUGAUUUUUUCAAUGGUUUCUUUUAUAGUGUUAGUUCUCGUUUGUAGUAUUAUUGAGGAUGAGCAUGUAAAUGUAAUGAUUAUGGUUGGGGUUUAACUUGGUUCUUUGAUUUUAUGAACUGAAAAUUAAUAAUCUUAAGCUCUUUACCCAUUAUGAUAAAGUCUACAACAUUUUUAUAGUA